CUGUCACUUUUCUUUAUAAAUCGUCAACCGCUAAUAGCAAAACCCCAAAGGUACAAAACCCUAGCAGCGGCUGACAAGCUAUCCGUAUCUUACGGCGGUAACAGGCGCUUGCCACCGGAGAAUAUGUAUUGUAAUACCUCAACGCCGUCAUCUGCUCCGGCCACUCUUCUGAGGGUUACAGAGAUCGAAGGGAAAGGCAGGUCAUUUGUAGCUUCGGCGCCGUUAAGAGCCGGCGAGAUCAUCCUCAGAGACUCCCCUCUCCUUCUCUACUCUGCUUAUCCUUUCUUCCCGACCUCAGAACCGCCACACGUCUGGAGCAAAAACCUAUACUGCUCCAACUGCUUCAGAUUGAUCACCUCUCUGCCGCCGCCAUCAUCUUGUUCGUUUUGCUCCGACGCCUUCUGUAGUUCCGGCUGCCAAUCCAUCGCCGGGUCUACUUCCCACACCCCUUGGAUCUGCCAGUCUCUGCGACGCCUCCGGGACGGCUCGUCUUCUCCGCUACUAGCCCAAAGCUACGUCCGGCAAGUCAUAUCUCGCUUUCUCCUGGCCGCUUAUAACCUUGCCGUAGUCUCUCCUUCAAAUUUCCGAAUUCUUCUAUCUCUUCAAGGAAGCCCGUCCUCAAUUUCUGAGGACGAUGCGAAUUUCCUUCAUUCUCUGAUUACUUCACUCUCCCCAACUCCGGCCCCGGAAUUUGGAUUCUCUAGGGAGCUGACCGCCGCACUAAUGGCGAGAGACGGUGUCAAUGGUUUUGGAUUGAUGGAGCCCUUCCAUCCUGAAAAGGAAAGAUCUGUGAGGGCGUAUGGUAUAUAUCCUAGAGCCUCCUUAUUCAAUCAUGAUUGCCUUCCGAAUGCUUGCAGGUUCGAUUAUGUGGACGCUGAUUCCAACCCCUACACCAACACUGACGUCGUAAUUCGGGUUCUUCAUGAUGUUACGGAGGGGCGCGAAGUCUGCUUGAGUUACUUUCCUGUAAACUUGAAGUAUUCCGAGAGGCAGAGACGGUUGAGGGACGACUAUGGUUUCACAUGCCAUUGUGAUCGCUGUAAUGUGGAGUCUAAUUGGAAAGACGAAGAAGAAGAAGUAGAAGUUAUGUCUGGAAAUGGGAGUGGAAUGAGCGAAGGUGAGGAAGCCAUGGAUGGGGAAGGUAUGGAUGAGGAAGAAAUGGAGGAUGAGGAUGAUGUGGAUUUUCCUCAUGCUUAUUUUUUCAUUAGAUUCAUGUGUAACAGAGAUAAUUGUGGGGGUACAUUGGCUCCUCUGCCCCCUUCAAGUUCAUCUCCAGAAUCCACAUUAAUGGAGUGCAAUGUUUGUGGAAAUGUGAGCAAGGUUGAAGACUAGAGGAUUUCAUUGGGAACCCUAAUGAAACUUGGCUACUAUUUGUACUUUUCUUUUUCUUCCUUAUUUGUUGUUGUGAUUGUCUGUACCAGUAGAAUAGGUCGAUUGUUUUUUAUAAAGUGCAUUUUUUGAUGAGUUCAUUUUUGAUAAAACUGUGCAAUUUCAUUCUUUUUGAACUACAAAGUAAUACAAGUUGUGCCAUUU